AUGGAGCUACCCAACGGCACGGCGGCGGCCGGCUUCAGCGAGCCGACCGGGUCCCCAACCCCGCCGCCCUCGGGCUCCCCGGCAGCGGCGGCCAGCCUGGGCUAUCAGCUGGCCACGUCUGUGGUGCUGGGCGCGCUGAUCCUCUUCGCCGUGUUGGGCAACGCGUGCGUGAUCGCGGCCAUCGUCCUGGAGCGCUCCCUGCAGACGGUAGCCAACUACCUGAUCGGCUCGCUGGCCGUCACCGACCUGAUGGUCUCGGUGCUGGUGCUGCCCAUGGCCGCCCUCUACCAGGUGCUGGGCAAGUGGACGCUGGGCCAGGCGAUGUGCGACCUCUUCAUCGCGCUCGACGUGCUGUGCUGCACCUCGUCCAUCUUGCACCUGUGCGCCAUCGCCCUGGACCGCUACUGGGCCAUCACCGACCCCAUCGACUACGUCAACAAGCGGACGCCCCGCCGGGCCGCCGCCCUCAUCAGCCUCACCUGGCUGAUCGGUUUCCUUAUCUCCAUCCCGCCCAUGCUGGGCUGGCGGACGCCCGAGGACCGCUCCGACCCCAACGCCUGCACCAUCAGCAAGGACCCGGGCUACACCAUCUACUCCACCUUCGGCGCCUUCUACAUCCCCUUGCUGCUCAUGCUGGUCCUCUACGGGCGCAUCUUCAAGGCGGCCCGCUUCCGCAUCCGCAAGACGGUCCGCAAAGCAGACAAGAAACAGCCGCGGUCGCCCGAUGCGCCGGUGGCAAAGGUGGCCGACACUUGCCUUUCCCACUCGCCGGCCAGACGCACCAACGGCGGUCCCCAGCAGGAGCAGCGGCGGCAGCUGCAGGCGGCGGCGGGGGCCAAGGGCAGGAGGAGCGCGGCGGAAGCCAAGGGGGCGCCCUGCGUCAACGGGGCCCUCCGGCCGGGCGAAGACGGCUGGGUAGCUGCCUCGGCCCUGGAGCUGCGCGAGAUGACGCCGUCCAACUCGGCCAAAAGCCUCAUGCUGCCCCUGCCCAACCACCCACUCCCCGACGCCGCCUCGCCGGCCCCCGAGCGCAAGAACGAGGCCAAGAGCGCCGAGGCCAAGCGCAAGAUGGCCCUGGCUCGCGAGCGGAAGACGGUCAAGACGCUGGGCAUCAUCAUGGGCACCUUCAUCCUCUGCUGGCUGCCCUUCUUCAUCGUGGCGCUGGUGCUGCCCUUCUGCGAGGGUUGUUCCAUGCCGGCGUGGCUGGGCGCCGUCAUCAACUGGCUGGGCUACUCCAACUCGCUGCUCAACCCGGUCAUCUACGCCUACUUCAACAAGGAUUUCCAAAGUGCUUUCCAGAAGAUCGUCAGGUGCAAGUUCUGCAUGCCCUGA